CUCUCACCUAAAAGGAAAAAAAAAAAAGCUAACAGAUGCAAGAGUGAGAGGGAAAAAAAAAGGAGAGACAAGGCUCCGCCUCCGUGGCUUGCAAUGGACACAGUCGAUUCUUAGAUCUCUAAAACCUAGCGGUUUUUCUUUUCUUUUCUUUUUUGGCAUUUAAAGAUUCUCUAGAAUGUUUUUCUCUCAAGAUUCUUAUUUUCUUUUUGAGGAAUCAGUUUCGGCUGGUUUCGAUGCGAUUUCCUUAUGAUUUUACCUGCAUUGACGUUCUAGUUUAUCGCGGUUGCUUUGCUAAUUGUUUAGGUUUGAAAUUGUGGAGAAGCCCAUAAGUUGUCUCUUAGGGUUAACAGGAAGAAAGAUAGUAAGAUAGUAGAGACGAGGUGUGACAAAAUGGACGAUAGAGGGGGUUCAUUUGUCGCCGUGAGGAGAAUUUCUCAAGGUCUCGAGCGAGGCAAUACCUGCCAUUCUACUUCUGGUGAGGUUGUGGCAGGAUCAACAGCAUGGUUGGGUCGAGGUCUUUCUUGUGUAUGUGCACAGAGCAGAGAGUGUGAUGCUCGUCCAUCAUUUGAUUUAACUCCUUCCCAGGAAGAAUGCUUGCAGAGGCUGCAGAACCGUAUAGAGAUUGCUUAUGACAGUUCAAUUCCUGAGCAUCAGGAAUCUUUAAGGGCCUUAUGGAAUGCUGCAUUUCCAGAAGAAGAACUACGUGGUUUAAUAUCCGAGCAGUGGAAGGAAAUGGGGUGGCAAGGGAAGGAUCCAUCUACAGAUUUUAGGGGCGGUGGUUUUAUAUCAUUGGAGAACCUGUUAUUCUUUGCUAGGAAUUUUCCGAAAUCCUUCAAGGAUCUUCUUUGGAAGCUGGAAGGUGAUAGGUCUGUGUGGGAAUAUCCAUUUGCUGUUGCUGGUGUGAACAUCACUUUUAUGCUCAUUCAGAUGCUUGAUAUCGAAGCAGUCAAACCAAGGACAAUUGUAGGAGCGGUUUUCUUAAAGUUCCUUUCAGAAAAUGAAUCAGCGUUUGACCUUCUCUAUUGCAUCACAUUCAAGCUAAUGGACCAUCAGUGGCUUGCUAUGCGCGCAUCCUACAUGGACUUCAAUACAGUGAUGAAGGCCACACGUCGACAACUGGAAAGGGAGCUUCUACUUGAAGAUAUUACACGUCUGGAGGAUCUGCCCUCGUACAGUCUUCUUACACGAUAAUAAGCAUUUGGCCUUAUCAAUUUGUUUUCGUAAUGGCAACAGAGAGGGCUAAGAUGCAUGCUACUGAGUUCGAUUGACAAACACCGGUGGUCUUCCUUUUACAAAACAUGUCUUUUAGCCUUUGACAUGAUAAAAUGUAUAUGUGCUUCGUGAAAAAGUGCUAUUGGUGUUCCAAUUUGAUGUUCUAGAAAUUGAGGAUUUCAGAUUUUUGUC